AUGUUCCGUCUCAGUGACUCUGCAUGUCUGUCCCGUCUCAGUGACUAUGAGUGUCUGUUCCGUCUCAGUGACUCUGCGUGUCUGUUCCAUCUCAGUGACUCUGCGUGCCUGUUUCGUCUCAGUGACUUAGUUGACUAUGAGUGUCUGUUCCGUCUCAGUGACUCUGCGUGUCUGUUCCAUCUCAGUGACUCUGCGUGCCUGUUUCGUCUCAGUGACUCUGAGUGUCUGUCCCGUCUCAGUGACUCUGAGUGUCUGUUCCGUCUCAGUGACUCUGAGUGUCUGUCCCGUCUCAGUGACUCUGCGUGUCUGUCCUGUCUCAGUGACUCUGAGUGUCUGUUCCGUCUCAGUGACUCUGCGUGUCUGUUCCGUCUCAGUGACUCUGCGUGUCUGUUUCGUCUCAGUGACUUAGUGUUUGUUCCGUCUCGGUGA